AAUGAGAAAGCUUAGUCUUUUAUUAUUAGCAAUCAUUUAUGUCAAUGCAAUUGAUCCAAGCAUGGUUUAAUUAGGAACAGCAAAGCUUGAUGAAUUGAAUUAAAGCAAUUUAGGUAAAAUGAUCUUAGAAUUGGCAUAAACUCAUGCAGAAAUGAGAGGACCAUUAGGUAAAAUAAAUAAAAUUUAACAGGAACCUAGAUGAUUUAGUGACUGCAAUAGGGGAUUUAGAAAAUGAAUUAACUGCAGAAUUACAAUAAUUAGAUGAUGAUUAUACAAGAUCAACUAAUUAACAUGCUGCUACUCAAGAGAAUUUAGAUAUUCAAAUAGGAUAAACAGAAAUUAAUAUAUUCAAUUAAAAAGACUUUAUUGAUGCUAUUCUUUUACCAAGCAUUGAUUAAACAAAUUCAAAAAUUGAUAGAUUGAAUGGAUACAUAAAUGAUAAUAGAGAUAAUUUAUCAAAAGAAACAUUAAAUAGAUAAAAAUAACAUCAAUAAUUUUUAGAUAGAGGUAACAAUAUAAUAUAUAAUUUAAAAGUAAGUGAACAUUAAAGUGCUAUAAGUGCAGUUGAUGAAGCAAUUUAAUUAAUUAAUGCUCUAAUUAAUGGAAAUAUUUCAUUUGCUGAAAAAGGAACAAUAAAUUAAGCAAUAUAAAGAAUCAAUACUAAAACACAAAAGACUAAUACAGUUCAUCCAAUUGUUGAAGCUCUUAUGUCAUUAACUUAAAAUUUUUCAGAUUAAGAAUAAGCUAAGAAAAUUAGAGAUUUAUUGUCAGAUACAAGAAAUUAAUUAGUAGCAAGUUUAAAUUAAGAAACAGCAGAUGAAAAUUAGAUUGAGUAAACUUGGGUUGAAAGAUAAAAAACUUUAAAUACAGAAUAUUAAGAAUUUAAGAGAUCUGUAUUAGAAGCUACUUAUGUGUUAGCUACUUAUUAGAGUAAAAAAUAUUAAUUAAUUUAUUUAUUUAGGCAAAUUAAAAUCAACAAGAGAAGCCUUAGCUGAGAAUGAAAAUGAUCUCUAAAGUUAUAAAGAUUCUUUAUGUAAAUAAUAUUGAGAUAAUUUAAUUUAGAAUAAGAUAAAGAUGCUUAAGCUUAAGAAACUUAAAUUUAUAAUGAAUUAAAGAGCCAAUACUUAAUAUAAUUGUAAACAACUAGAAAUGCUAAGGAAUUUGUAAACUCUGCUGAGUUCAGUAAUGUUAUAAGAUAAAAAUUAAACUAAGGUGGAUUAAUCUGA